AUGGGAGAUAUCCUGCAGUUGGGUGGCUCAGCGGUAGAUGGCGCCAUUGCUGCUUUAUUGUGCACGUCAAUCAUGAAUCCUCAGAGUAUGGGCAUCGGUGGAGGAUCUAUAUUCACAACACGGGAAGAAAGUGGCAGAGUGAGAGUAAUCAAUGCCAGAGAGACUGUCCCAAAAGCUUUUAAAACCAACCUUCUUGCCAUGUGUCCAACCACAAUACAGCCAAUGGAAGGUGCUCACUGGAUCGGUGUACCAGGUGAUAUCCGUGGCUAUGAGCAAGCUCAUAAAUUGUAUGGACGUUUACCUUGGGCCAGUUUAAUUGAGCCCACUAUCAAGAUGGCUAGAGAGGGUGUCCCUGUACCCUAUGUGCUCUCUCGAUUUUUGCCACUUCUCUUAAAGGAGAAGCCAGAAUCACCAUUACGCCAGUUAUUCCAGAAUGAAGAAGGUGAGUUAUUAAAAGAAGGGGACAUAGAUUUGAGAUUUGAAAAACUAGCAGAUACACUUGAGAUCAUCUCAGAACAAGGGGCAGAUGCUUUAUACAUCGGAGACAUUGGCAAAAACCUUGUCAGUGAUAUACAAAGUGCAGGCGGAACAGUUUCUCUGGAGGACUUGAGGUCGUUCAGGGCAUCUGAAUUAGGUGCUUGGGAAGUGGCUCUAGGAGAGUAUGAAAUGCACUUUCCUCCACCGCCAGCAGGGGGAGCUACACUUAGCUUCAUACUAAAUACCAUGCUAGGUUUUAACCUAAAUUCUGCAUUUCUGGAGGGAGACGAGAAGGUCUUAACAUUUCAACGUUACGUAGAAACCUGUAAAUUCGCCAACGGUCUUAAGAAGUUCAUGAAAGAUCCCAAUUUUGCUUCUCAAACGGAGGCAGUUGAGAUCAUUCAGAAGCAUUUCGCGGAUAAAGUGAGAGCAAAAAUCAGCCCUGACCGCACUUAUGAUGCCAGCUACUACAACGUCACUCCAUACCUGGACUCUCAUGGCACCACUCAUGUGUCUGUGCUCGCUGAGGAUGGUAUGGCGGUAUCUGUGACCAGCACCAUCAAUCACAUAUUUGGAUCCAGAAUUUUCUCCCCCAAAACUGGCAUCCUCCUCAACAAUGAACUUGCAGACUUCUGUGGAAAAACAGACCAGAUUCAUGCUGGUGAGCAGCCGCCUUCCUCCAUAUCUCCAGUGAUCCUUUACUCCCCAUCUCAUAAGCACAUUGUGGUCAUAGGAGCCUCAGGUGGCAGUAUGAUCACCACCGGGGUGGCUCUGACUCUCAUGAACUUCCUGUGGUUCGGCAAGACUCUGCGAGAUUCCAUCGACGCCCCUGUAGUGUUUGUGGACUCCAAAAACGUCCUCAACUUUGAGCCCUCGUUUGACAAGAUUGUUCUGGAGUCACUUCAAAAGACUGGACAAAAAGUCAAAGUCCCACAGAUGUUUUAUAAUGUGGUAAAUGCAGUGUCAAAGGAAAACAACUUCAUAGAUGCGGUAUCUGACUCACGGAAACAUGGAAAAGCUGCAGGGUAUUGACCAGGA